UGGUUUUGGGGAAUUAGAUAAAGUGAUGGUGAUCGGGGUUGUGGUUGUGGUUGUGGUCUAUAUAUAUAGAGAUUUGUAAGAGGAAGGUAGGUAUAGGACAAAUUGCAUCAAAGAGACAUUCAAUCAUAAAAAUUUUAAGGAAAUGGCAGGAGAGCUGCAAAUAGUUCCAGCAGGGAAGAAUGUGGAAGCACAGUUUGUGGAAAUGAUGGUGCCUUUGUAUUCUUAUGGUUGUGAGAACAAAGUCAAGAAGGCUUUAGCCAAUCUCAAAGGUAUAUACUCAGUGAAUGUUGAUUUCCAUCAACAAAAGGUGACGGUGUGGGGAAUAUGCGACAAACACGACCUACUCUGUGUUGUGAAGAAGAAGAGAAAAGGGGCUCGUUUUUGGAACUCAGAGGACAACGCCGAAUUACUACUUCAACACUCGCAUUCCGCGCCAUCAUCGCCACAACCUUCUUCAUCACUUGCGAAGACCUCUAACCGUUACUUAAAGACUCAAUUUUUGAACCUAAGUUUGUCCAUCAUCAAGACCAGAUCCUUGAACUGGAAAGCUCUCAAGAAGGCCUUCACCAGAUCAAACUCUUUUUGACACAUGCUCAUCCAUGAAUUUGUUUCAGUCCAAAACCCCAACAUCUACUUUCUCUACCACAUCCAACCUUGUAAUAUAUAAACAUUAUUGCUCACAUUUUCCAUCAUCAAACCUCCUCUCUAUGUUACUUGUAAUAAAUUGUUGAGCUCAAUUAUA